AAGUUUCAAGUUAAAUGUUGCAGUCCAUUAGUAUCCACCUCAGUUGCAACAAAUCCUGGAGCUUCUUCAACACUUGCAAUUGCAAAAGCUUUGCUUCACUCAGACAAUACACAAACAACAAAAGAGUCCCGCCUCGGUCUGCCUUUGGCAAUAUGAACACCGUCGGCACUGAUUCCGAUGGCCGGGAAUUCAAGAACGCCGACGAAAUGUGGAAAGAAGAGGUGGGUGAUACCCAGAAAAAGACUGAUUGGUAUCGUACUGGUGUUGGCUAUUGGGAAGGUGUGGAGGCGUCAGUCGAUGGAGUAUUGGGUGGAUAUGGACAUGUGAAUGAAGCUGAUAUUAAAGAUAGUGAAGCUUUUCUUAAUAGUCUUUUGGUUGAUUUCUUUCCCGAUGCUGGAAGAAAUCAACAUCUUGUUGCUCUUGAUUGCGGGGCUGGUGUUGGAAGGGUGACAAAGAACCUUCUCAUAAGAUAUUUUAAUGAGGUUGACCUUCUUGAGCCUGUAUCACAUUUUCUGGAGGCUGCUCGUGAUAAUUUGGCUCCUCAAAAUCUGAUGGUCUCUGAGCUCCACAAGGCUGCCAAUUUUUACUGUGUCCCUCUUCAGGAAUUCACGCCAGAUGCUAAAAGGUACGAUGUGAUAUGGGUUCAAUGGUGCAUUGGACAUCUCGCAGACGAUGACUUCGUCUCAUUCUUCAAUAGAGCAAAGGUUGGGCUUAAACCUGGCGGGAUAUUCGUCUUGAAAGAAAACAUUGCAAGAAGUGGUUUCGUGUUGGAUAAAGAAGAUAAAAGCAUAACACGCUCAGAUUUAUAUUUCAAGGAGCUCUUUAAUCGGUGUGGACUGCAUAUUUUCAAAUUAAAGGAUCAGAAGGGAUUUCCUAACGAGUUAUUUGCUGUGAAGAUGUAUGCUUUAGCAACUGAAUUGCCAAAGAAAAUAAGCGGGUCUAGACCUAAAAGGAAAGCUGCUAACAGGCCUGCUAUUAUCAAGUGACAAAUUGAUGCUGAGCCUCUAGAUAGUCACAAACUGAGUUCCAGUCUCGCAAAUGGAUAGACAUUUGUGUGGAUUCACUCAACAUGUAAUUUAGAGUUGGUUUCUGGCUAAAUCUUUUCUAGUUACUACCGAUGAUCUACCUGUUGUAUUAUCAUAAUUGUAAUUUAUCAAAAAACUAGUUUUAGCCAGAUUUGUAUCCUUUACUCCAUUCCUGUUUGAAAAAUGUAUUAGGUUAUGUGAGUUGUUAGAGGGUGGGAGAACAAGAUUUUUUUAUCAUUCUUACAUCUUAUGUUUACACCUGAA